GCUGCCAGCCGCCGUGGUUGUGGACGCCGAGGGCCUCUGCGACAAUUUCCAGACGACCGCGUGCACCUUCGGGGGCAAGGAAAGGAGGACCGACGUGGAAGCGAUGACCAUGAAGGAAGGGACGACGGCCGCCAACAACUGGAUACUCUGGGUGCAUGGCGACGCCCAGCUGGCGAACUCACUGACCAAGGGCCACGAGCCAGGCCAGCUGAGGAUGUACUACAGCAGUGGCCACAGGUGGAAGCUGGUCUACGACGCCAAGUUCCAGAGUGCCAGGCAGCGGAAG